UUGAGAAUGGGAUGGGGAAUGGGAUGGAGACAGGGACAGGGAUGGGGAACAGAAUGGGGACAGGGAUGAUGUUCCCGCUCCAACCCCACGCGCUCGCCGAGGAUUUCGGGGAUGAGGCCAAUCCCUACGGAGCCGCCGGCUUCCCGCUGGAUCGCCGCUAUUCCCACAGUUUGUACCACGACUCCGAGCCGCAAACCGGGAUGGCCUCCACGGAAAACCUGGGCUUUGGGGCGCAAUUCCCACCCCACCAGCGGCAGCCGCCGUUCCGAGCAGCUGAAUCCUUCGGGAUUGCCCAUCCCGAGCCCUUUGUUCCCGGCCGGAGCCCCGAAAUUCUGCAGGCGGUUCCCGACAGCCAAGCCCGGCUCAGCGUGGGCAGCGUCUACAGGCCCAGCCUCGGAGCGCGGGGUCUCCCGGAUCUGAUCCCGGAUCCCAACUAUGUCCAGGCCUCCACGUACGUGCAGAGGGCUCACCUGUACUCGCUGCGCUGCGCCGCCGAGGAGAAGUGCCUGGCCAGCACGGCGUACGCGGCCGAGGCCACCGACUACGACGUGCGGGUGCUGCUGCGCUUCCCGCAGCGCGUCAAGAACCAGGGCACGGCCGACUUCCUGCCCAGCCAGCCCCGCCACAGCUGGCAGUGGCACAGCUGCCACCAGCACUACCACAGCAUGGCGGAGUUCAGCCACUACGACCUGCUGGACGUCACCUCGGGGCGCCGCGUGGCCGAGGGACACAAGGCCAGCUUCUGCCUGGAGGACACCACCUGCGACUUCGGCCACCUCAAGCGCUACGCCUGCACCGCCCACACCCAGGGUCUCAGCCCGGGCUGUUACGACACCUACAACGCCGACAUCGACUGCCAGUGGAUCGACAUCACCGACGUUCCGCCCGGGAAUUACAUCCUCAAGGUCCAGGUCAAUCCCAAAUAUUUGGUGCUGGAGUCAGAUUUCACCAACAACGUCGUGCGCUGCCACAUCCACUACACCGGGCGCUUCGUCUCCGCCUCCAACUGCCGCAUUUCCCAAUCCUGAUGGCCACCGAAUCCCAGGAAUGCCGCCCGUCCCCUUUCCCGGGAAGCUCCUGGGGUGGCUCCAACGUGUUCCCAAAAUUCCC